AUGGAAGACGAAAAGAGAGACACGCCGAGUCCUUACCGGACAUCCAAGGCCUCUGCUUUUGGGCUCGAAGAUCUGCAUCUCGAAGAUCAAGCCUCCAGCUCAGCACAACCCGAAGAACCAGAGCCACCCGAGUACACACCACAAUACACGCCCCAGCGUCAAUGGCCUAUGCCCCUCAACAUUGUUGUCCAGGUCGUAGGCUCCCGCGGCGACGUCCAGCCCUUCCUCGCCCUCGCCGCUGCCCUCCAGAAGUCGGGCCACCGCGUGAGGAUAGCGACACACCCCCAGUUCUCCUCCUUCGUCCUCGAUUCCAACAAGUCCUCCGCCUCGGACAAUAAGCUCGAGUUCUUCCCCGUCGGGGGGGACCCGGCCGACCUCAUGGCCUACAUGGUCGAGUCCCCCUCCUUGAUCCCCAAGAUGUCCCAGAUCCGCGCGGGCAUCAUCCAGCGCAAGCGCGAUAUGUAUGUCGAGAUGCUUGACGGCUUCUGGCGCUCCUGCGUGCGCCCGGACCCGGUGUCCAACGUCCCCUUCGUUGCGGAUGCCAUCAUCGCGAACCCGCCGAGCUUUGCGCAUGUUCAUUGUGCGCAGGCGCUCGGGAUACCCGUCCACCUGAUGUUCACGAUGCCGUGGACCAGCACCAAGGCGUUUCCGCAUCCGCUGGCGAACAUCAAAUACUCCAAGGAGGAUAAGAAGAGCACGAACCACGCCUCGUAUGCGGCGGUUGAGUUCUUGACGUGGCAAGGCUUGGGAGAUCUUGUUAACGCGUGGAGGGUCGAAUCUUUGGGUCUGGAGCCAGUACCGUCGACCGAGGGUCACCGUAUCCUCGAGAGCCUCCAGGUCCCGUUUACAUACUGCUGGUCACCGUCCCUCGUACCUAAGCCCAGCGACUGGGGUCCGCAUAUCGACAUUAGCGGUUUCUUUUUCCGCGAUCCGGCACCGUACACACCACCUCCCGACUUGAAAGCCUUUCUGGAAGCUGGUCCACCGCCCAUAUACAUCGGUUUCGGCAGUAUUGUUGUCGGCGGAAUUGAGGGGUUGAUGACAAUGGUCCUCAGCGCCAUCAAGGCAACGGGCGUCAGAGCGAUCAUCUCGAGAGGAUGGAGCAACCUGACAGGCGAGGAAUCGGCCAACGUGUUUUACGUGGGAGACUGUCCGCACGAGUGGCUAUUCCAGCAAGUUGCCGCCGUGAUCCACCACGGCGGUGCCGGUACGACGGCCUGCGGGCUGCGAUACGGAAGGCCCACGACAAUCGUCCCGUUUUUCGGAGACCAGCCAUUCUGGGGCGCCGUUGUCGCAGAAGCAGGCGCCGGACCAGACCCAAUACCGUACCGCUCCUUGACCUCGCAGAAGCUCAUACACGCCAUUCAGCUGUGUCUCUCGCCCGAGGCCGUCGCAGCAGCCCGGCAGCUGGCAGAUUCCAUGCGGACGGAAAACGGCGUCCAGGCGGCCGUCGACGCCUUCCACGCCAACUUGCCCAAGAACAAGAUGGCCUGCGACUUCUUCUCCGACCAGCCGGCGGCUUUGGUCUACGGGAGGGGGAAGAAGCAGGUCAAGAUGUGCAGGCCUGUUGCGUCCAUCCUGGUGAAGAACGAGAGGCUAGAACGGAAACAGCUGAAGUCAUACCGGUCGAAGCCAACAAACAUAGAGAACCAGAGAUGGGAUCCCUUGACGGCGAUAUCCGCGGCAUCCCUCUCGACAAUCGUCAAAAUGGCCAGCGCGACGGCCGACAUCGUCGUCAAGCCCUUUGAGCAGUACAAACGCACCGGCGAAUCCGCGGAAGACCUCGAGGAGCAGCUCGCAAAGACGCGGAGGCACAGCCAAGCCCCUGCCUUUGCCAUGCUUCCCCUCCCCGGCGUCGGGGCCCCGGACAACGCCGAACAACACGCGAUGGGCACCCGUCCGCCGCCGUCCAGGGGAAGUGAGGAGUCUUCGGGAAGACCUGGAGCCAUGGCCGCGGCGGCGGCCAGCGGCGUCGGGAAGCUCGCUGGCAACGCGACCAAGGGCCUGUUCGUGGACAUACCCCUCGCUAUGACCGAGGGCCUGCGGGCGGUGCCGAACCUUUACGGCGAUCAGGUGCGGAAGCACGACGCCGUCGAGGACUUCCGCAGCGGCGUUUCGGUGGCGGGCAAGACAUUCUGCCACGACAUGAAGGGCGGCUUCACGGAUAUUUUUGUCCACACGUACACCGGCAAGAAGGAGCAGGGAGCAAUUGGUGCGGCCAAGGGCCUGGGGAAGGGAGUGGUGAGCCUGGUGACCAAGAGCACGGCGGCCACCUUUGGGCUCGUGAGCUAUCCGGCGCAGGGCAUCUACCGCAGCAUCUGGGCCGCCUCGAACGCGGACAUGCGGAGGAGUAUCGAGGAUGAGAAGCUCCUCGAGGGCGACUGGCUAGUGUCGAUGAGCCCGAGCUGGAAGAUGGAUCAUGCGGCCAUUGUCGAGGACUUUGAGGGGAUGCGGGGGACAAGGGGGCGAUGA